UUUAAAAUGGCGGCUCCUUCAGUGUUUUUGGUAAUGGUGAGCGGACAAAUCGAGUCUGCAGAGUUUCCAGAAUUUGAUGAUAUAUACUGCAAGUAUUGCUUCUCAUAUGGACUUGAUUGGGCCAUCACUUCAGGUCUUGAAGAGAGUAUAACACAAAUUACUAAAAAGACCAGAGAUCAAUAUCAAAGAUUUGUUUGGAAUUUCCCAAUCGAUGCCACAUUCAAGAGCACAAGUCCUGCAGGCUGGCCACAACUAGUUGUCUAUGCAUAUGGCCUGGAUGCCUUUGGAACAGAUGUUGUGCGUGGUUAUGGUGUUUGCCAUGUACCAAUUACACCUGGAAGACAUCGCCUUAAAAUUCCCAUGUUUGUACCAGAAUCUUCUUCACUGUUCCAAAAAUUUACUUCCUGGUUCUUGGGUCGACGCCCUGAAUAUGUCAACCCCAGGGUAGUAGCACAGGGAGAGGGAAGAGAAGUGACAAGAGUGAGAAGUCAGGGCUUUGUUACAGUAUCAUUUAACAUCAUCAUGAAAGACAUGAAGAAGCUUGGCUAUGAUGUUUCACCCUCUGAUGUUCAAAAUCCAUCCAUUCCUGAGACAGUCAAUGCCAUCAGCAGCUCCUAAUGCACUCCACCAUUCAGUUACAUCAAGUCUUGUCAGCUUGAUAGUCGAAGCAUGAGUCACAAUGGUGCCUUUGGAGGUGUAUAUUUUAAUUGUAUCAAUAGCCUACUUAGUGUAAGUUAAAUAUAUUAAUAACUACUCAUUUUGUUUUGAUAUAUUAUUUAAAAUAAUCUGUAAGCAGUAAUAAUGUAUAUGUUUGUUGAAGAUUAUUUAAAAAAAUCUAUGGUUAUAGGCAAAUUGCAUCAGUUUUAUGAUGUUGUUUUAGUGUCAUGUUCUACAACACUUACGCGGCUGCCAACUUCAUUAGAAGGUAUUUGUGAUUUCAGUGUAAAUAACAAGAUCAAAAUAUUUAUGUUUUAUUUUUCUUCACAGCCAUUUACUUUAUUACAUAAAUUAUAUUGGUUGAUGAAAUUUAAUUAUUUUGUUACUAAUGUAGUUUGAAUUGUUUGAAUGAAACAUUGUCAUUUAGAUGACAUUAUUGAGUUCAGUAUGUUAUGAGACUCAUGAUACUUUAAUGUUCUUUUAAUAAAAACUGAACAAAUGCUGUAUUGAAAGGCUACGGUAGACCAGUGACCAAAACAAGGUCACUUCCUACUGGUUUGUACAGAGUAAUUAGAUGGCUCUUCAAAAUGUAUUGCUACACCACUGGGUCUGUCAGCUGUUUAACCUUUGACACAAGAAUUUGCAUACAUCUGUUGAUCUGUCCUGAAGACUAGGAAUUUCUCCACAGUUGGUCUAUUUUUAACCCAGAAAAAGGAUCCUACCUUGGCAGCAUAUUUUUCCUAUACUUUGCUGGUUUUUUCCCUCCCAGAGAUAUUAAAAUAAUAUGUAAUGAAAUACUGUACAUACAUUUUGUUUUCUCAGUCCCUCCAAUUUUAUUAAUUAUACAUAAGUAUAAGUUUGUAAUUAUUAAUUUUCACAUGUAAACUCUUAUUUUAUUUUGUCAGAAGUUUUAAUGCCAAUGUUGUGAUGUCACCUGUGUUUAGCCAACAUUUGUUUCUGUGAAAUUAAAUUGUUUGUUGUAGUUUUUAUCCAGUUAUGCUAAAAUUUGUUAAAAAUUUGAACUUUAAAAAAAAAACAAUACAUAUUUUCUUUCUAAUUUUUUAUAUGAGGUUAAUUAACUUCUUAAAGAUGUAGUAAUUUGUAACAUUAUUUAUACUUCUGAAGUUGAAACUAAAUUCUAUGAGUGCAGCUGUUGAAAGGGAAAUAACUCUGUUGGUUGAUCUAAGGGAGACAACUUGAUUGAUUAAGUCCUACAACGUUUACUAGUGGGAUUUGCUUACUUAGUCAGCUGAGUCUUUUCACUGAGAAAUUGGACUCCCUGUGUGUGUGGUUAAAGAAAACACUACUCAUAACUACUUGUAAUAUUAGUUUUUUUAGUUAGCCUUUUAAAAAAAAAUGUCAGCAUGUUGGUUAAAAAUGGAAAACGGACUCAUAUCAAUAUAUUUUUUAUGGAGUAUUGUAGAAAAUAAAAUCUUUUUAAUG